GUUGUCGGUUGCGCGUGACACCGCGGUCACGACGCAUCGGCCCGCCAACUGCAGGGACGGCGGUAUAAAGGGUGCAGCGAUCGGCUGGACGCCAACUCAGGGUGUUUCCGCACAGAUAUGAACCGUUCCUUGAUCGUCUGUGGCGUGCUCAUCGCGAUGGUGGCCGCGCUGGCGCUGGCCAGCCCCGCCGAGAAGCAGCCCCCACCAUCCAAGUGGGGCCGCGCUCCGGGCAGCCCGACGGCGCGCCGCACCCAGAAGGACAGCAUCGGCCAGCAGAUAGACCACACGCACAACAUGGAGACGGGCAAGGGCACCACCGGCUACCUGGCUCUGGGUCCCAACGCGCGCAAAUCCUCCCCGACGCGCACGGGGCAGCCGAGCACCGGGGGCCCCACCUCCACCAGCUACAAGGGCAAGGGAAAGGGCAAGGGCAAGUAGGCCACGCACCGUCAUGCCACGAGACAUUUUAUUAUCUGCUUUUAUCUGCUAUUAUUUGACAUUUCGCCAUUCGAACCACUAUGUUGUAGAAUGGCGCACUUGCAACACCCAAUAAAAUUUCUUUUAAAGA